CACCGCUGGCGCGAGGCGGGCGAUAUCCAAAUAGACAAGCAGUUUCUAGUACUCCUGCGGCGACAGAUCUUUCCUCGCUUGCAAUGCCAUUGCUGGAGUCGGUGGGCAUUCGCUUCAUGAUCAGCGAAGCCCAUGUCGACAUAGACAUUAUCAAGGACCCGUAUCUCCCGACACUCCGGGGUCUCAGCAGCAACUGUUCUCCCUGGCCUGUUGUGAAAGGUUGGUUGAAGCCUACUCUGGUCGACCUGAAGAUUCGCCCAUAUUACUCAUCCUUUGCGCCUCCCGUCACCGAGUGGGUCGAGAUCUUGCGUUCUUUGCCAUCACUGAAGUCUCUGUCUCUGUCGCGAGUGCUAGGGCCAGUGGAAAUGGACAGCGAUGUUUAUCGACGUGAGCCGGACCGGCUGGCCUGUCUUCCAUGCCUGCAGGAACUGCGGCUCGAUGUCACGGAAGUGGAAGAGUUGGACGCGUGCGCGUACCUCGUGCAUCACAUCGAAGCGCCAUGGCAGACGAAGACGACGAUAACAAGUGAGGUUACCGAAGACCACGUCUCAAACGGCAGCACCCUGCCUCACCAUAAAUUUCUCUUCUCUACCCUCGCACUGUGGGCCACGAAUGCGCUGUAG